CUGCUGACAUCAUCGCAUACUCUCGCCGUUGAGGUUCUACGAUGGGCUGAACGCCGUCGUCCACCUGUCCCUCAUUCCCAGCGUUUAUGCCGCUUCUGCCUAUCGGAAGCUGAAGAUGAAGUGCACGCUUUGUUGUACUGCGACGGAUCACAAUCCUUGGAAGAUUUGCGAUCUGAUUUCUUUAAAUCCGUUUUCCUGAUUGCCACCGGCCAUUUUGCGAAUCUGUUGAAAUCGGCGGCGUCUGGUUUUGAAGUAAUACACGUCCUACUGGGAGCAGAUGAUAUGAAAAUAGUUGGAGCUCUCGCUAAAUAUAUAUUCAACGUUUUCCGCAGUUUUAGUACCGUACCGUUAUAUCAUUCGUGA